AUAUGUUAGAAUGUGUGUGUAAAGUGACUAAAGUACUAUUCUCUUCUUUACUUUGCUAUUUCUUAGUUUUAGAAUUAAAUACUUAGCGCACAGAAUUUAAUAAAAUUCACAGAUAUGGAAAUGACUAGAUUAGUUGCACUUCUUGGCUUCUGCUGCAGCUUUAAAGCACUCUUGAUGUCAGAAACGCAGCAUAUUGUUUAAACGGUUGCACUCUGCACAGACUAAAAAAUACACUUCCGUAAUCCUCGGAUCCACACCUAGGAACUGCCGUUUUAAGUCUUACGCAGGACUUUGAGCCAGCGAGAUCCGAUAUCGCCUUCAUCUCAGGAGGGUUGUGCCUGCGGACACAGAGGGCCUUCUAUCCCUGGAAGAGAGUCUUGUUCAACUCCUUCUUCAUCCCCAACUCCAAAUAUGUACUCUGCAGGCUUGGAGAUCCUUGGGAUGAUCCUGGCUGUGGCCGGCUGGCUGGGGGUAAUGGUGGCCUGCGGCCUGCCCAUGUGGCGGGUGGCUGCCUUCAUCGGUCAGAACAUUGUCAUCUCCCAGGUAAUCUGGGAGGGGUUGUGGAUGAACUGUUCGGUGCAGAGCACAGGCCAGAUGCACUGCAGGGUGCAUGACUCCAUGCUGGGGCUGCCAGUGGACCUUCAAGCAGCUCGUGCCUUGGUCAUUGUCUCAAUGGUACUGUGCAUUGUGGGCAUUGGUCUGUCAGUGGCUGGCGCCAAGUGCACCAACUGUAGUCGGGAUGUGAGUAGUAAACCACGGCUCGUGGUGGCUGCUGGAGUAACCUUUGUUAUAGCCGGACUGCUGUUGCUGGUGGCUGUGUCCUGGACAGCGCAUGCCAUCGUCAUAGGCUUUUACGACCCACUGUUGGAGGAGACGGGGAAGAGAGAGUUUGGUAAUGCUCUGUACUUUGGCUGGGCAGCCUCCUGCUUGCUCAUCCUAGGGGGAGCCCUGCUCUGUUGCUCCUGCCCACCCAUAGCAGCUACAGCGCAGAGUAGUGGAGGCUCCGCGCCUCCCCGGAUGAACUACUCACCUGUCAAAACCAUGUCAGUUAAUGGAUACACCAGAAGAGACUAUGUAUGAACAUGUGACAUGUAGGCGCAGAUGAAGAUACGAUGACAAGUGUUAGCAUAUUUUUGGAUGUUACUGCAGCAUCUUGGGCUUGGACAUUAAGUAUGAAUCACUGAUGCAUAUCUCAUUAUGUGUUUUUGUAAGGACACUUUUUCUGUAGUGGUGGACAUCAUAUGUUGCUUUUAAUAUUUUAUUUCAAAUAUUAAUACAUUUAACUCUAGAUUUUGGCUUUUUUCUAAGAAAUAAGAUGAUGUCUGAUCUUAAAUGUAUAGAAUGUCUCUAUGUAUAUUAUUUCUGAUUAAAACAAGGGUUUUUACAAAAUUAUCAAUAA